GGGGACUAGGGUUUUGAGAGAGCGGAGAGGGAAGAGCUGCUAGGAUGGUGGAGAAGACGGCCAAAGGGAGAAAGGAGGAGGUAGUGACAAGAGAAUACACUAUCAAUCUCCACAGGCGUCUCCAUGGAUGCACCUUCAAGAAGAUGGCUCCCAAAGCCAUAAAAGAGAUACGGAAAUUUGCACAAAAGGCGAUGGGGACAAUCGAUGUUAGGGUCGACGUGAAGCUAAACAAGCACAUACGGAGCAGGGGUAUCCGGGGUGUGCCUAGACGUGUCCGCGUGCGCGUUGCUCGCAAGAGGAAUGAAGAGGAAGAUGCUAAGGAGGAGCUUUAUUCGUUGGUCAUUGUAGCAGAGGUCCCACCUCAAGGGUUCAAGGGAUUGGGAACCAAGGUCAUCGAAGAAGGAGAUUAGACUCAGUAAACUUCAGUUUUAAGAGGUACUUUUUUGAGAUUUAUGUUUUGAUUUUUUUUUUUUUUUUUUUUUUUUUUUUUUAUCAGUGCAUUUUGGAUGUAUUCCGGAUUUUGAGAUUGCCCUUUGAAAGUUAUGUUCGGUCAGAAUUUUUAGCUUUA